AUGACAGGGCAGACCGCGCAAUCACUCAGAAAGCCUACAUCGUCCGAGGAGUGCAACCAAGCACCAAAACGUAGGAAGAUUCGGAAAGGGACCACGAGCUGUUGGGAGUUCUGCACUGGAUGUCAACAGCGGGAGACGCCUUGUGUGACCCAAGAGUAUGAAGAUUCUGUUGUUGUUCCGGGACAAAUUAGCGGCACGGAGAUCACAAGCAAUAUGAUCCAGCACGCGGGGUUAGAAAACAGGCUUGUACGGGUGGAGGCCUUGCUUGAGCGACUGCUUGAUAGCGGCACCUGUCUGCCUCCUUCGACGACCGAUCGCAGGAUCCCAGAGAUAUCCUCGACCUCAUUUUUGUCUUUACAUAAUGGUUCUGCACACAUUCCCAGAGCCUCCGCGCCAGCGUUCACCAGAGAUUUGGACAGGGGCUGUGUAGCGCAAGCGCUCGAUACGGCGCUAGGUGAUGCAGAUAUCUACCACCAGGCGGACCCUUCUCAGGAGCUCUCCCUUAAAUCUGAUUAUUACGAGAGGAUAUCCACAGAGCUUCAUUCAACUCUUCCAUCCCAGCGAGAUGCUGAUCUUAUCAUCGCUGCUGGCAGUACAGCCGCCUUCCUACAAUUUCUCUGUCGACCGUAUGAGGACAUUUUUCGGGGCAGGAUGCUUCCCGCCUCAAGCCUCUCCUCGCUUCCGCGCCCGAACAGUCAUCCUGUAUUACUCGCUCGGGCGUUACUAUAUCUUGCGCACGGGAUGCAAAAUCUACGCCCAGCAACGUUCGACUGCGAACAACUUGAUCUUGGCUGCACUCCUGUGGCAGCUAUGCAACGCUUCUUGGAUACAGCUUGUAGACUUGUCACCAGCAAUGACGAGUUGAUCGAGUCCCUGGAAGGACUGGAAUGCCUCAUACUUGAAGGGGUCUUCUGCAUCAACUCUGGAAAUCUCCGCCGGGCUUGGAGAGUGUUCAGGAGAGCAAUAAGCGUGGCUCAGCUCAUGGGCCUUCACCGUGGAGACUAUACGGAUUUAAACAUAUUGGAUUCCAGCACUAUGGCAUCUCCCUCUUUUAUGUGGCAUCGAAUAGUUAGCCAGGAUAGGUAUCUGGCUCUCAUGCUCGACCUUCCUCCAGGCACAGCGGAUGACAUUCUCGGAAAUCCGGACAGCCUGGUCCCAGAUAAUUGUCCUAUGGGCUACCUCGAGCGCAUUCACUGCAUUAUUAUGAGCCGCAUUACAGCGAACAAGAACGGAAAGGCAGACAGCGAGGAAUCGGCCAAAGCUUGGAAUAUUGACUUAGAAAUACAAAAGGCCGCGCGUGGUAUGCCUUCUGGCUGGUGGCAGCUGCCCACCGCAAAGGCAAGAUCCGCUGGACGCAAAGAUAACCUGGAAGAUGUAUUGCGCAUACUCUUCCAUAUCACCCAUUUUAGUCUGCUCAUUUACCUUCGACUACCGCAGAUGCUUUGUAGCGCCGAUGAGGACCUGAGCGACCUUAAUGACUGGGCUUGUCUCAGCGCCAGCCGCGAGCUCCCUAAGCGCUAUAUCGGAUUCAGAUGUAUGGACUCGCUUGCAUUUUGUUGUAUGAGCAUCGACUUUUCAGCGUUCACUGCGUGUCUCACGCUGCUCCUCGCGCACCUCCAGCGCUGGCAUCGCAACCCGGAUCUAGAAGAAGCCUAUCUUCACCAGCGGCUAGACGAUCGGGCUACAGUUCAGGAGACAGUUGAGCUCAUGAUGGAGCUAGGUCAAGAAAACGGUGACACAUUCCUGGAGAAGAUAGCCGGAAUCAUAACAAGCCUAGCUCGCAUCGAAGCAGAUGCCGCAAAACACGCCGGACUUUAUGGAGAUUUCGGGUACGUCAGCCGCCGGAGUGCUUCAGCUCUUUCUCUCGAAGUUAUAGUACCGACUUUUGGAGCGGUGAGAAUCACCAGGGACGGAGUCUUUCCAAGAAGCCCUGGCCGAUAUGCGGUAAAUAGGAGCCAAGGUCACAAGAUCGCCACGAGCCGACAAACCCAGCCAUCCUCACCUACCUGGGGACUUAACCAGGAAAAGGAAACAAGGAUGCCAUCAUUUUCUUACCUCGAGUUCGAUACCAGCAGACACGGGUCCGAGUCUCUCGACAUGCUUACACAGACAUAUCUGCAAGAUCUAGACUCUCUGGACUGCUACGGGUUCUGGCAUGAUGAAGAAGUUAACUCGGGUCAUCAAACUACUUCCAAUCAGAAUCAUCAGGGGCUCUAA